AUGGGAUCUCUCUUUCACCUUCCAGACGACAUCGUCCCCCCCGAUGUCCAGCAGAGCUUCCCGGGGCGCGAGCACCAGAUGCGCGCCCUGGCCACUCUGGUCCAUCCCGACGCAGCGCCUUGCCGCAAUAUUGUCCUGCACGGGACCGAGGCGACGGGCAAGUCGGCCGUUGCGAGGGCGCUGAUGCCGCGGAUUGCGGCACACCCGGACACGCGCGGCGCCAUCGAGUACGCCUUUGUCAACGCCUCGCAGUGCAUCACGGGGCGGCACCUGUUUGAGCGCAUCGUCGCCGCCGUGGCUGCGAGGCUCAACAGCCACGACGACGUUGGCCGGCGGUGCGAGACGCUGGCCCAGCUGGCCGUUGCGCUGGCCACGAUGCUCGGCGUCCCGGCGCGGGAUGCGCGGUGGAGGUUUGUGCUGGUGCUCGAUGCCAUUGACAGGCAGAGGGAUGCGCCGCCCACGCUGCUACCGGCCCUGGCUCGCAUGUCCGAGAUUAUACCAUGCCUCAUCUGCGUCUUCGUCGUCACCGCCCCUCCGGCCGGGUUCCUGCAAACCUCGGCCUCGGCCCACCUGCACUUCCCCCCCUACACCAAGCCCGAGUUCGUGCGCAUCCUGGCGCUGACGCCCCCCGCGCCGGUCGCAGGCACGACGCAGCAGGAGACGUCGGACCUGUGGACGCGCUUCUGCGCCGCCAUCCACGAUGCCCUCGUCCGCUCCGCGUCUCGCACGCUGCCCUCGUUCCGCCGUAGCUGCCGCGCCCUGUGGCCGCGCUUCACGGCGCCCGUCGUCGCCGGCACGCACGCCGCCAAGGACUUUUCCAAGCUGCUCGUCGCCGCCAGGAUCCAUUUCCAGGACGAGUCGCUGCUCAACCCCAGCAUCGUCUCCGUACGCCCCGCCGCCGGUGUCUGGCAGCCAUCUACGUGCUCUGCCCCGCCGCCCUCGCCUGCAGCCGCCGCCCCCGUGGCGGCCGAGCUCGUCGGCCUGCUCCCCGUCGUUGCCCGGCUGCUUCUCCUGGCCGCCUACCUCGCCUCCCACAACGCCACUCGCCAUGACCUGACCCUCUUCUCGACCCACCACCACGGCCGCAAGCGCCGCCGCGGCGGGGGCUUCGUCGCCGGCGCCGCCUCGUCCCGCGGCACCGCGCGGACCAAGCACCGCAAGAUUGCCCGCAAGCUGCUCGGCGCGCACGCCUUUGUCCUUGAGCGCAUGUUGGCCAUCUUCGAGGCCGUCCGCGGCGAGUGGGCCCCCGAGGGCAGCUCGGUCGGCAUAGCCGGCCUCGACGGAGACGUGGGCAUGGCUAUGGCGACGCUGGCAAGUCUGCGGCUGCUCGUCCGGGUGGGGUCGGGAGACGUCACGGACAGGGCGGGCAAGUGGAGGAUCAACGCGAGCUGGGAGGUCGUCAGGGGCAUUGGGAGAAGUUUGGGCGUCGAGGUUGAGGAGUGGCUCAUUGAAUAG